AUGUCAUCAAACACUACAAGUGCAAUAACAACAACAACACAAUCGGCAACAAAUGUGACCCAGAAUAUUACAGAAUCGACGACUACUAGUGUCCCGGAUGUCAGUACUACUCAAAUAGCCGACAAUUCAUCGGUAACGACAACAACGACAGAAACAACUGUCACUUCAAAUACAACAUUAAAUGAAACAACAGGUAUGACCACAGAAUUAUCAACAACAAUGCCGACAACAACAUCAAUGAACAGUACUGAGACAACAACUAACACAACGAUACCAACAACAACAUCAACAACAACAGUCACAGAGAUGACCACUACUGAGGGAACAAAUACAAUAACAAACACAACACAGUCAACAGCAAAUAUAACACAACCGAUGACAACCAUUACUGCUACCGAAACCACAACUACACAGUCAAACACGACAUCACCUGAAACAACAACAACAAUAACAUCGAUAACAACUUCUAAUAUGACUUCAUCCACAAGUUCUUCCUCAACAUCAACUGAGACACCAACUGUUGCUUCAACUCCAAAUAACUCAUCAUCUGGACAGUUGGUAUUAUCAACAACAGAGUCCACAACAGAGUCCACAACAGAGUCCACAACAGAGCCCACAACAGUGUCCACAACAGAGUCCACAACAAUCUCCAAUCUGACCACAACUGAGACAUCAGCAAACACAGAGUCUAUCAUUACUAGCACACCAACAACACUAUCAUCGGAAACAUCUGUUACAACUACUAACACCAUAUCAUCUACUGAGCCUACAAUUACUACUACCCCCAGUGUCACAACAAACACGGCCACUCCUACAAGCGGUAUAACCAACAUGUAUGCCCAGGAUGUCGAUCACAAGUGUCCGACAGUUGUAAACGGAUGCGACGGACCAAAAGCCUGUCUCUAUGCCUUUCCCGGCAAUUGUACCAAAUUUUUUCAUUGCAAUGACGGCGGACAGGCAUUCAUAUUGAACUGUCCACUUGGCACCCAAUGGGAUGAUCAAAAUAAAAUAUGUGACUUUCCACAAAAUGCUAACUCAAACACUACAAUUAUAACAACAACAACUGGGCUAACGACAAACAAUGAUACCGAAUCCAAUGUGACCCAGAGUACUACUACUACUACUACCGAAUCGACUGCAAAUGUUACGGAUGUCAACACCACUACUACCAUAGUUAUCGGUGCCGACAAUUCAUCAGUGAGGACGACAACGACAACACCAUUGAUAACUCAGACAACAUUGACAUCAAUGAUCAGCAAUACCAACACAACUGACUCUAUACUUACGAUUACCAAUUUUACUUCACUUACAAACACGACAUUAUCAUCAUCAGUGAACACUGAGAUGAUUACCACUGAGAUAACCAAUACAUCAUCCAUACCAUCAACAACAUCACCACAAUUAGCAAAUACAGUACAAUCAGUUAACUGGAUUAGUUGGGUGAUUGAACAGUUACAAAAUAUUAUCAAUGAAUUGUCUAAACUUGAGAGUAGUGGUACAGUUGGCACAACCAAAUUGAAUACAACAUCAUUGGAAACAAUAAUAGUAAUCAAUAGUACGAAUACAAUAAUCACAUCAAAUAAUACAACAAACCAUUUGUUAGAAAGUCAAACAUCACUACCAUUGAUGACGACAAUCAUAAACAUAACCAACAAAACUACAACAACUAAUUCCACACCAAAUACGACAUCACCACAAAUACCAAUAACUACUAUCCCAUCGACUGAGACAACAAUACCACGUAACAGCUCAUCCAUCGAAGAGUUAGCAUUAUUGACAAUUGAGUCAACAAUCACUACACCCAGUGCUUCAACAAACACUGCCAUCACUUUGACCACAACAAACACGACUACAUCUUCGACAUCAUCCUCACUGUCUGAGUUUGUCGCCGAAAAUAGUAGUGUCAUAGCAUUGCCAAUUCGACCCGUUGGCUAUCCUCAAGUUAUGGGCUAUAAGUGCCCGCCAGCGAUAAAUGGAUGCAUCGGACCGAAAGAUUGUCUCUAUAGCUAUCCGAGUGAUUGUACAAAAUUUUAUCAGUGCUCUGCAGGUGGACAGGCAUUUAUAAUGAACUGUCCCAUUGGCACCAAAUGGAAUGACCAUGCUAAGAUAUGUGACUUUCCAUACAAUGUUCACUGUUUACAAUAA